GCAAGCCAGUAAGCAGCACUCUCUGAGGCUUCUGCAUCAUCUCCUGCCUCCAGGUUCCAGUUUAGUUUGAGUUCCUGUUUUGGCUUCCCUCAGUGUACUGUGAUUCAGAAUAUCUAAGCCAGAUAAAACCUUUCCUCCCCAAGCUGCUUUUGGUCAUGGUGUUUCAUGAUAGCAAUAAUAAACCUAAGUAAGACAGAAAUUGGUACCAGGAUUGUGGGAUAUUAAUGUGAUCUAGCUUACCAUGUUGUUUUUGGGAGGAUUGUGGAAGGGCUUUGGAAAAUUGGGCUGUAAAAGCCAUCGAGUGUUCAAAGCUUGGUGAAAUGCUGUGAGAAUUUGGAAGACUAGAGAAUAAUGCUGAAAGCAGUGAUGAUAGAGGCCUGAUUUGUGAAGUUUCAGAGAGACGCUAAGACUGUCAGGGACAUUUGCUAUUUCGAAUUGAGAACCUGUGGUUCUAGUUAGCUGGGGCUGAAGACUAGAAGAUUUGGCUGUGAUUAACAAGAGACCAGCACCACAGAGGGUGCUUCAGAGAGCAGUUAUGUCUAUCCUGUACCCAUCUCUGGAGGAUCUGAAGGUGGGCCAAGUCAUCCAGGCCCAGGCCAGAGCCUCACCCAUGAUGCCCACUCUGUCGGCCCCGCUGGCUUCUGCACCCCCACUUUCAGAGUUGUAUCCGAACCUGGCAGAACUGGAGAAUUAUAUGGGGCUCUCCCUCUCUAGCCAAGAAGUUCAGAAGAACCUGCCUCAGAUUCCAGGUGGUGACAAUAUGGUGGUCACUAGCCCUGGGCCUGGCCAGGUGGUAGCACCAGUGUCUGGGAACAACCUGGGUGUGCUUCGUGCAGAGAUCAAGCCUGGGGUGCGUGAAAUCCACUUGUGCAAGGAUGAGCGUGGCAAGACUGGACUGCGCUUGCAGGCUGUUGACAAGGGGCUCUUUGUGCAGCUGGUCCAGGCCAACACCCCUGCAUCCCUCGUGGGAUUGCGCUUUGGGGACCAGAUCCUGCAGAUUGAUGGGUGUGACUGUGCUGGGUGGAGCACACAUAAAGCCCACAAAGCCCUGAAGAAGGCAUCAUCGGAGAAGAUCGUCAUGGUUGUUCGGGACAGGCCCUUCCAGCGUACUGUCACUAUGCACAAGGACAGCUCAGGCCAAGUUGGCUUUUUCAUCAAGAAGGGGAAGAUUGUAUCUGUGGUAAAGGGAAGCUCUGCCGCCCGCAAUGGACUUCUCACCAACCACUACGUGUGUGAGGUGAACGGACAGAACGUCAUUGGAUUAAAGGACAAAAUGAUUACAGAGAUUCUGACCACAGCUGGAAACGUCAUCACACUGACCCUCAUUCCCUCUGUGAUCUACGAGCAUAUGAUCAAAAAGUUGUCCCCAUUGCUGCUUCAGCACACCAUGGACCACUCCAUCCCAGACAUCUGAAGUUACAGGAGGGUGCCUCAGGCCUCCUGCCGUCCUGCAGGGAAGACAGCAGUCCUCAGAUGUCAGGUUGCAGCUGGCUUGCAGCCUGGGUCUGGGUAUUACGGGGGUGUGUCCCAGGAGGAUGCAUAUUGGAUAAGUCUGUCAUUGCUGUUUCCAGACCCCCUUGGAUCUGGAGCACUAGCUAUGCUGGGGCACAGGUGGGACGCUAGCACCUGGUUCUCUGUACCCUAGAUGCUAGGUCCUUAGGCAAAGGUCCCUGAGUGCUACUGGGUCCCUCUGCAGACUUUUACCCCCUCUAGGAAGUCAGCUGCCUGAUUCGACAGAGGAGUACCUGAUGUGUUCUUUACCUUCAUUGAUCUUUGUCACAUAUUGUGUAUAGACCAGUGGUAAAACCCUUUACCGUCUUUUGAAUAAAGAGUUUACUUUAAGCAGA